CAUGGUUGAGGCAAUUUCCUUCUCGAACUUGUAUGCUCCUGAGCAUUUGAUCAUCAACGUCAAGGAUGCGGAAAGGUGGGAGGGUCUCAUUGAGAAUGCUGGCUCAGUCUUUUUAGGACAAUGGACGCCGGAGAGCGUUGGUGAUUAUGCUAGCGGCACCAACCAUGUCCUUCCCACAUACGGAUAUGCAAGAAUGUACAGUGGGGUGUCACUAAACUCAUUUCUCAAAUACAUAACUGUACAGUCCUUAACCGAGGAAGGUCUCAAAAACAUUGGACCGCAUGUAGCAAAGAUGGCAGAAGUCGAAGGGCUGGAGGCUCACAAGAGAGCUGUUACCCUUCGGCUGCAGGAAAUCGAAGCUGGCCUACCUGCUUAGCUGACAUAAUGCAGGUUGUUUUUUGAAGACCUUUACCAGUUUGCAUCAUUCAUAAUCUGCUAAAAGGCCAAGCUGUUGGGGGUGGUCUUUCUUCAGUGCCCACAAGCAGCUCAAAGUGGGGGGUGCAUAAAACAGUCGGCUCAUUUUUACGUGCAAUAACUACAUCCUCAGAUACAUUCAUCAUCCGGUUUAUGCUUGCAGAACCUAAUUAAGUUGUGUUCUCACUGUUGUGCAACAUUUUGAAGUUCACGAUCAACGAACAAAUGGAAAAGACAAGCUAAUAACCAGAAUGGAUAGGGUAUUGCUGUUCGUAUU